AAAAACCCUUGCCCUAGCUUCGGCUUCCAACUACGAAGACAGACUUACUUCUUUCAACGGUUUUCACAGAUCCGGUGACCCACGCUCUGAAGUCAGAAUUAGCUAACUUUCAAAAACAUCUGGAAAAAAUGAAGACAUGGUUAAAAAUUGUACUUGGAGUUGCCACUUCUGCUGUGCUUGCCUUAUUGGUGAUGUGCAUUGUCUUACGUCCUUCAAGAGUUCAUAACUCUGAAGGAAGGACAACAAGAGCACUCACACUGAAGGAUAUUUUAAAUGGGACAUUUUCUUAUAAAACAUUUUUUCCAAACUGGAUUUCAGGACAAGAAUAUCUUCAUCAAUCUACAGAUAAUAAUAUAGUAUUUUAUAAUAUUGAAACAGGAGAAUCAUAUACUAUUUUGAGUAAUACCACCAUGAAAAGUGUGAAUGCUUCAAAUUAUGGUUUAUCACCUGAUCGGCAAUUUGCAUAUCUAGAAAGUGAUUAUUCAAAGCUUUGGAGAUACUCUUACACAGCAACGUAUCACAUCUACCACCUUACAAAUGGAGAGUUUAUAAGAAGAAAUGAGCUUCCUCGUCCAAUUCAAUAUUUAUGCUGGUCGCCUGUUGGGAGUAAAUUAGCAUACGUCUAUCAAAACAAUAUCUAUCUGAAACAAAGACCAGAAGACCCACCUUUUCAAAUAACAUAUAAUGGAAAAGAAAAUAAAAUAUUUAAUGGAAUCCCAGACUGGGUUUACGAAGAGGAAAUGCUUGCUACAAAAUAUGCUCUCUGGUGGUCUCCUAAUGGAAAAUUUUUGGCAUAUGCAGAAUUUAAUGAUACAGAGAUACCAGUUAUUGCCUAUUCCUAUUAUGGCGAUGAACAAUAUCCUAGAACAAUAAAUAUUCCAUACCCAAAGGCUGGAGCUAAGAAUCCCAUUGUUCGGAUCUUUAUUGUUGAUGCCACUUACCCUGAGCAUGUAGGUCCCAGAGAAGCGCCAGUUCCAGCAAUGAUAGCCUCAAGUGAUUAUUAUUUCAGUUGGCUUACAUGGGUUACUGAUGAGCGAAUAUGUUUGCAGUGGCUGAAAAGAAUCCAGAAUGUUUCAGUCUUAUCUAUAUGUGAUUUCAGGGAAGACUGGAAGACAUGGAGCUGUCCAAAGACCCAGGAACAUAUAGAAGAAAGCAGAACUGGAUGGGCUGUCAGUAAACUUUCUGAAUAUCAGAAGAGGAACUGUCAAAUGUUUUUUGAAAUGAUAGCUUUCAAGAGUAAGUUCACACUUCCCCAAGGCAACUGCUUUCAAGAGUUCUUUGUUUCAACACCAGUUUUCAGCUAUGAUGCCAUUUCAUACUACAAAAUAUUUAGCGACAAGAAUGGCUACAAACAUAUUCACUAUAUCAAAGACACUGUGGAAAAUGCUAUUCAAAUUACAAGUGGCAAGUGGGAGGCCAUAAAUAUAUUCAGAGUAACACAGGAUUCACUGUUUUAUUCUAGCAAUGAAUUUGAAGGCUACCCUGGAAGACGAAAUAUCUAUAGAAUUAGCAUUGGAAGCUAUCCUCCAAGCAAGAAGUGCAUUACUUGCCAUCUAAGGAGAAAAAGGUGCCAAUAUUACACAGCAAGUUUCAGCGACUAUGCCAAGUACUAUGCACUCGUCUGCUACGGCCCAGGCCUCCCAAUUUCCACCCUUCAUGAUGGCCACACUAAUCAAGAAAUUAAAAUCCUGGAAGAAAACAAGGAAUUGGAAAAGGCUUUGAAAAAUAUCCAGCUGCCUAAAGAGGAAAUUAAGAAACUUGAAGUGGAUGAUAUUACUUUAUGGUACAAGAUGAUUCUUCCUCCUCAGUUUGACAGAUCAAAGAAGUAUCCCUUGCUAAUUCAAGUGUAUGGUGGUCCCUGCAGUCAGAGUGUAAGGUCUGUAUUCUCUAUUAGUUGGAUAUCUUAUCUUGCAAGUAAGGAAGGGAUAGUCAUUGCCUUGGUGGAUGGUCGAGGAACAGCUUUCCAAGGUGACAAACUUCUGUAUGCAGUGUAUCGAAAGCUGGGUGUUUAUGAAGUUGAGGACCAGAUCACAGCUGUCAGAAAAUUCAUAGAAAUGGGUUUCAUUGAUGAAAAAAGAAUAGCCAUAUGGGGCUGGUCCUACGGAGGGUAUGUUUCAUCGCUGGCCCUUGCUUCAGGAAGUGGUCUUUUCAAAUGUGGAAUAGCAGUGGCUCCGGUCUCCAGCUGGGAAUAUUACGCAUCUAUCUACACAGAGCGAUUCAUGGGCCUCCCAACAAAGGAUGAUAAUCUCGAGCAUUAUAAAAAUUCAACUGUGAUGGCAAGAGCAGAAUAUUUCAGAAAUGUAGACUAUCUUCUCAUCCACGGAACAGCAGAUGAUAAUGUGCACUUUCAAAACUCAGCACAGAUUGCUAAAGCUCUGGUUAAUGCACAAGUGGAUUUCCAGGCAAUGUGGUACUCAGACCAGAACCAUGGCAUAUCCGGCCUGUCCACGAAGCACUUAUACACCCACAUGACCCACUUCCUAAAGCAAUGUUUUUCUUUGUCAGAGUAAAAACGAUGCAGAUACAAGACUGUAUCACAAUCUGAACACUUCCUAUAAAUGCCUCAGACUGUUUGCUUGUUUUACUCUUUAUGCUGUUAAAUGUUGGUGUAAACAAACAAACGAAUGUUGUUCUGAAGGCUGACAGAGAAUUCAGAGGACUCAGAAGUUCAACCUAAAUAUUGUUUACAUUUUCUGGCACUCUGUGAAAGAAGAGAAAAGGAGGCCAUACCUUUUGCUUUGGACACAGACAGUGUUUUAUCACCUGUUCGUUUGAGGGGAAAAAGAAUAAAGUCAGAAGUUAAAAUGC